AUGAAGAGACUCGCCCAACUCUCCAAAUCUUCACGUAAUGGUGUUCGCCAUUAUAGCACCUUGAAACAAAGAGGUGAAAAGAUGGAUGCCGAGUUAUCCGCAACAAGAACACCACUCGAGAGAAUGUUGCUUGGAAAGCAAACCAAGAAUGAUUUCGCCAAUUUGAACAUUAAAGAUCCAAAGGUAGUCGCUCAAUGGGUAAACAAGAGUGCCAGAGAGGGUCCAAAAUACUUGACAAAGGACGUCGAUCAAUUGGCUCCACCAGUUACAAUCACUGUCUCUGGAGCAUGUGGACAAAUUGCCAACAGCUUGUUGUUCAGAAUUGCUAACGGUGAAAUGUUGGGCGAAAAUCAACCAGUUAAAUUGAGAUUGUUGGAAAGACCCGAAGCAAUGAAGGCUCUUGAAGGAGUGAAAAUGGAAUUGGACGACGGAGCUUUCCCACUCUUGGAAGAAAUUUAUCUUACUGAUAGUGAAAAUGAUGCUUUCAGAGGUGCUGACUAUGCUAUUUUGCUCGGAGGUAAGCCAAGAGGACCUGGAAUGGAAAGAGCUGAUGUCAUGAAAGACAAUGCUGCAAUUUUUAAGGCUCAAGGUGAAGCUUUGAACAAGAAUGCCAACGGAGAUGUUUUGGUUUUGAUUGUUGCCAAUCCAGCCAAUACCAACGCAAUGAUUACAUCUGCCAACGCUCCAGAUAUUCCACCAGAAAAUAUCACUGCUAUGACAAGACUUGAUCAUGACAGAGGAUUGGCUCAAGUUGCAACAAAGCUUGGAUGUAAUAUUUCCGACAUUUCUCGAUUUGCUAUUUGGGGUAACCACUCUGCCACUCAAUAUCCAGAUCUUUCAUUCACAACCAUCAAAGGACAAUGGGGACUUAACGUGAUUAAUGACGAGCAAUGGAUCACAAAUGAAUUUAUUCCAAACGUUCAACAACGUGGUGCUGCUAUCAUUAAGGCCAGAGGAAAGUCAAGCGCUGCCUCUGCUGCUGAUGCUGCUAUUAAACACAUGCACGAUUGGGUUUUGGGAAAUAGCGAAUGGGUUUCUAUGGCUAUUCCAUCAAGAGGUCAAUAUGGUAUUCCAAGAGGUAUUUGGUGCUCAAUGCCAGUGCAAUGCUUUGGAGCAGGUAAAUAUGGAGUCAUUGAAGGCUUACCAAUCAACUCUUUCAGUGCUGACAGAAUUAAUGCUAGCGUAAAGGAACUUAUUGAAGAAAAGAAGAUUGUUGAAAAUUUAUUACCAAAUCCAGUUUACAGAUUAGUCGAAGUUGACAAGGUUAACGUUAUUAGCAAGUCAUACAUCUCAGAAAACAAGCAAUAA